AUGGCGAGCUGGGUCCAGGCCGCUCUUCUUCUCCUCUGUCUCCUCCUGUUAUGCCUGUCUGCAGCCGGUGGCCAGCUGCAGGAGGAGGCGCUCCUGGACUUCUCCUCCAUAACUCCCAUCAACAACGUGGUUCAGGACCCCCAAAGCGGGCGUGUCUACUUGGGUGCCGUCAACACCAUCUACCAGCUGGACGAGGCGCUGCACGAGGAGGCCCGCACCGUGACGGGUCCCAAGGACGACGCCCGCACCUGCACCCCGCCCGUCUCCACCCCGUACUGCCAGGACACCAAGCCCAGCCCUAAUGUCAACAAGCUGCUGCUGGUGCACCCAUCCAACGGCUCACUGAUCGUCUGCGGCUCCCGCUACCGGGGUAUUUGUUCCCUCCUCAACCUGACCAACGUGGAGCAGCAACUGUACUACAGUGACUCUAAGGGGGAGAGGACUUACGUGGCUAGCAUAGAGGACGGGGUAGCCGUGGUGGCCGUCAUGUCUACAUACGUUAAUAAAGACGGCAACACCUUUAAUGUGUUUCUGGUGGGGAAGGGCUACGGCAGCCUAGACAGCUCCAAACUCAUCAGCACGCGCAUCCUCCAGGACUACCGCGACUGGGUGGUAUUCGAGAGCAUCAUCGAGGCAUCCACCGUGCAGGCCACACCCUUUGUGCCCAAGUACCUGCACGACUUCCGCCACGCCUUCAAGGAGGAGGGCUUUGUCUACUUCCUGUUCUCCAGGACCAUGGGAAGCACCGACAACAAGAACUUCACCUUCGUGUCUCGACUCUGUGAGGACGACCCUCACUACUACUCUUACACAGAGCUACAGCUCAACUGUGGCCCAGGGAACAGGUACAACAAGGUGCAGGCAGCCUAUGUGGCGUCCCCAGGUAAAGAGCUGGCCCGGGGAAUGACAGAGUCGGGCCAGUAUGGUAAGGUCCUCGCCUGGCACAAGGUGCUGUUCAUGGUGGCCAGCCCGGAUGACGACGGCGCCAACUCGGCUCUGUGCAUGUACCCUCUAAACGCCAUCAACGAGAGGCUGGUGGACAUCAUCAGCGCCUGCUACAGUGACUCGGGCAAGAUCGCAGCCAUCCCUGCUGUGGACAUCCCCUACUCCUACAAGACAGAUGAGUUCUGCACCUCCCAUAUUAACGUAAGUAGCUCAGCCUUUAUCAUCCACUUCAAAGGACACGUCAGAGACAGAAGAGAGUCAGUGAUUUUAAAAGAAGAAUGUCCAAGAAUGUUGAAUCAAUAAUGCAAAGAUAUGACACCUUUGGUUUUCAGGCCCUUUGUUUCUAGUUUUUUUUUUUUUGUCUGAAGGGAUCCUGCAAGCUAUAUCUCUCAUCUCCUUCCCUUGAUAGAUUGGUUUAAGGGAUCUAGUAGUUCUCCUAUCUCUUAUAUCGCUCUCCGUCUGCAGAAAGACACGCUGAACAACUAUAAGUGUGGGGCGGACUUCCUUCCCUCUCCACUGGCCAGUAAGCCAGAGUUUGCCCUGCAGGCGGAGGCGGUCAUCAUCAGGAGGGGCCUGCUGACCGCUGUGGCCAUCGCUGUGGAGAAUGACCACACUAUUGCCUUCCUGGGGAACAGCCUGGGAGAGGUGUACAAGGUAAGGAGAGGGUGGUUGUGGGAGGUGUACAAGGUAAGGAGAGGGUGGUUAUGGAAGGUGUACAAGGUAAGGAGAGGGUGGUUGUGGGAGGUGUACAAGGUACGGGGCUAGGGGAAGUGUAGAAGGUAAGGGGCUAGGGGAAGUGUACAAGAUAAUGGGAUAGGGGCAGUGUACAAGGUAAGGGGCUAGGAGAGGAUGCUAUGAUAGAGGGAGUUGUUGAUAGACAGAAUAUGUUGUUGUUUGUGUUGUGCUCCAUUGAAGGAGCCUAGUAUGUGUUGAGAAUGAGCCUAGCGUGUGUUGAGAAGGAGCCUAGCGUGUGUUGAGAUGGAGUCUAGCGUGUGUUGAGAAGGAGCCUAGCGUGUGUUGAGAAGGAGCCUAGCGUGUGUUGAGAAGGAGCCUAGCGUGUGUUGAGAAGGAGUCUAGUGUGUGUUGAGAAGGAGCCUAGCGUGUGUUGAGAAGGAGCCUAGCGUGUGUUGAGAAGGAGCCUAGCGUGUGUUCAGUGUUCUGUGUUGAGAGUUGUUUGUCUGGUUCUGCCUGGUAGGUGCAUCUGACUGCCAACCCAGAGGUGUACAGCAGAGGACCAGGGGACACCACAGGGAAACGCAUCAACAAAAACCUCUUCUUCGAUGCCAGCCACAGCCACCUGUAUAUCACCACCGAGAAAAAGGUACAGACCUCCAGACAGUACUUCUGUUUGUCAGUUAUUGUUUUUAUUGCUGUGGAGAGAGAAAUGGAAAUACCCUGUGUGUUAACCACAGCUAGAGGAAGUAAUGCUGUUAGUGUUUGUGUUGUUGACUGCAUGCUGCUAUAGAUCAUCAAGUUUUUAAGUGAAUUUCGACAUUACAGACAUUUCAGUGUUCCGAUAGACCUCCAGUCCUGACAUGUUUGUAUCUCUAAAGUCCCACUGUAAUGCUGUUUGUGUUGUGGGCUGUGUCUGUGCAUUACUACUAUACAGUUGAAGUCGGAGGUUUAUAUACACCUUAGCCAAAUACAUUUAAACUCAUUUUUUCACAAUUCCUGACAUUUAAUCCUAGUAAAAAUGCCCUGUCUUAGGUCAGUUAGGAUCACCACUUUAUUUUAAGAAUGUGAAAUGUCAGAAUAAUUGUAGAGAGAAUUAUUUAUUUCAGCUUUUAUUUCUUUCAUCACAUUCCCAGUGGGUCAGAAGUUUACAUACACUCAAUUUGUAUUUGGUAGCAUUGCCUUUAAAUUGUUUAACUUGGGUCAAAUGUUUCAGGUAGCCUUCCACAAGCUUCCCACAAUAAGUUGGGUGAAUUUUGGCCCAUUCCUCCUGACAGAGCUGGUGUAACUGAGUCAAGUUUGUAGGCCUCCUUGCUCGCACACGCUUUUUCAGUUUACCCACAAAUUGUCUAUAGGUUUGAGGUCAGGGCUUUGUGAUGGCCACUCCAAUACCUUGACUUUGUUGUCCUUAAGCCAUUUUGCCACAACUUUGGAAGUAUGCUUGGGGUCAUUGUCCAUUUGGAAGACCCAUUUGCGACCAAACUUUAACUUCCUGACUGAUGUAUUGAGAUGUUGCUUCAAUAUAUCCACAUAAUUUUCUUUCCUCAUGAUGCCAUCUAUUUUGUGAAGUGCACCAGUUGCAGCAAAGCACCCCCACAGCAUGAUGAUGCCACCCCCGUGCUUCACGAUUGGGAUGGUGUUCUUCGACUUGCAAGCCUUCCCCUUUUUCCUCCUAACAUAACGAUGGUCAUUAUGGCCAAACAGGUCUAUUUCUGUUUCAUCAGACCAGAGGACAUUUCUCCAAAAAGUACGAUCUUUGUCCCCAUGUGCAGUUGUAAACCGUAGUCUGGCUUUUCUAUGGCGGUUUUGGAGCAGUGGCUUCUUCCUUGCUCAGCGGCCUUUCAGGUUAUGUUGAUAUAGGACUCCAGCAUCUUCACAAGUUCCUUUGCUGUUGUUCUGGGAUUGAUUUGCACUUUUUGCACCAAAGUACACUCAUCUCUAGGAGACAGAUCGCGUCUUCUUCCUGAGCAGUAUGACGGCUGCGUGGUCCUAUGGUGUUUAUACUUGCGUACUAUUGUUUGUAUAGAUGAACGUGGUACCUUCAGGCAUUUGGAAAUUGCUCCCAAGGAUAAACCAAACUUGUGGAGGUCUACAAUUUUUAUUCUGAGGUCUUAGCUGAUUUCUUUUGAUUUUCCCAUGAUGUCAAGCAAAGAGGCACUGAGUUUGAAGGUAGGCCUUGAGAUACAUCCACAGGUACACCUCCAAUUGAUUCAAAUGAUGUCAAUUAGCCUAUCAGAAGCUUCUAAAGCCAUGACAUCAUUUUCUGGAAUUUUCCAAGCUGUUUAAAGGCACAGUCAACUUAGUGUAUGUAAACUUCUGACCCACUGGAAUUGUGAUACAGUGAAUUAUAAGUGAAAUAAUCUGUCUGUAAACAAUUGUUGGAAAAAUGACUUGUGUCAUGCACAAAUCAGAUGUCCUUACCGACUUGCCAAAACUAUAGUUUGUUUAAAAGAAAUUUGUGGAGUGGUUGAAAAACAAGUUUUAAUGACUCCAACCUAAGUGUAUGGAAACUUCCGACUGUAGAUCACCAAGGUGCCAGUGCAGACGUGCCAUCUGAAAACCGACUGUCAGUCCUGUGUGUCGCCAAGGGACCCCUACUGUGGCUGGUGUGUUCUGGAGGGCAGGUAAGAAAAAAAGAAAGAAAGUCGCACACUCUAUACAUACUCCCAAUCAUUUUAUGGAGGGAACCAGAUAAGCAUAUCUCUCACACCCAUGCCCCUCUAAACAGAGCUAGAUAGGGCCUGCCAUCAUCAGCAGAGUGUAGAUGUGUAUUGAGAGCAUCCUGUCGGGCUGUAUCUGGUACAGCAAUUGCAACGUCCGCAACCGAGAGACUUAAAAACAGCUUCUAUCUCUAGGCCAUCAGACUGUUAAAUAGUCACCACUAGCCGGCCUCCGCCCAGUACCCUACCCUGAACAUAGUCACUGUCCUAUUCAGCUACCACCCGGUUACUCAUCCAUGCACCUUAGAGACUGCUUCCCUAUGUACAUAGAGUCAUUGAACACUGGUCACUUUAAUAAUGUUUACAUACUGUUUAACCCACUUCAUAUUUAUAUACUGUAUUCUAGUCAUGGCUCAUCCUAUAUAACUACUGCUGUACACACCUUUUCUAUUCCUAUACUGUCUAUACACACCAUCAUACAUACUGUAUAUAUACUGUAUAUUUAUAUUCCAGAUUGACAUUGCUCGUUCUGAUAUUUCUUAAUUCCUUUCUUUGUAUUUUUUGUAUUUGUGUGUAUUGUUUUGUAUUGUUUUGUAUUACUGCACUGUUGGAGCUAGAAACAUAAGCAUUUCACUGCACCUGCGAUAACAUCUGCAAAAUAUGUGUACGCGACCAAUAACAUUUGAUCUGAUUUGAUUGAUCUGCUCUGUUUCAAAAACCUGGGCCCUUCAUAGUGUUUCUGCUUUACUUCUUAAUUUCUGGCACUGAGAGAGCAGAGUAUUUUUGUUAGAGCCAUAUAAGGAGAGCUGCGCUGUGCUAUUGACUGUGUUAUUUCUACAGUACAGUUAUCAGUACGUGAGGUAUUUUAAUGACAGGAAAUUACUGCUAUUCAGGGUCAGUGGUCACUAUGAGACAGGAAUGAAUGUGUAACCAGCAGACAAACUGGACAGAGAGCAGUGGCUGAUGGGUGUUGGUGUUCUGCAGGUGUACCAGGAGGUCUGAUUGCCGGAGAGCGGAGGAGAAGAACAGCUGGUUGUGGAGCCCCAAGCAGCAGUGUGUGAAGAUCGUGUCCUUCCACCCACCCAACCUCAGCUGCAAAAAGACCAAGCAGGUAGUGUACUGUACUGGGCCUGACACUGGCAGUAAUCUCCUUCCUUGAUAAGAAAUAAUAAGAAUCAGUGACCCUCUGCUCUGAAACAAUAUGCACUCUAUUGAUCCUGCUCAGAAAACUGAAAACUGGCUUAUUAAAACUGAGGAAUGUGCUAGCGCUCAAAGCACCUCUGACUCUGCUCUCUUCCCCUAUCUCUUUGUUUCUCUCUCAUUCAUUAUCUCUCUCUCUCUUUCUAUUUUUCUUGCUUCCUGACUCUCAUUCUCUCUCUAUUUCUUUCUCUUUCUCGUUCUCUCUCUUGCUCUCUCCUCUCUCUCGCUGUCUCCUCUCUCUCGAUGGCUCUCUGUCGCUCUCUCCUUCUCUCUCUCUCUCUCUCUCUCUCUCUCUCUCUCUCUCUCUCUCUCUCUCUCUCUCUCUCUCUCUCUCUCUCUCUCUCUCUCUCUCUCUCGCUCUCUCUCAGGUGGAGAUCAAUGUGCCCUCCCUCCCCUUCAUCGGGCAGGCAGACCGUCUGUGCUGUGUGUUCCCCUCCUAUAUGAGUGACGCCACCAUGUCGUCUGGCCAGGUCACUUGUGCCCUGCCCAACCCUGUCUCCUUACCAUCCACACCUGAACACCAGGGUAGGACAUCACCCUCAGCCUGCACUGGCACUGUAGUAGGGCCAGGAGCUAUUCCUGACUACAUGACCUGACCAAGAGAAACUCUGAGCCCUAAUUAUAGGCUGUAGCUUCUUAGGGCCCAGAGUUGUUCCUGACUACAUGACCUGACCAAGAGAAACUCUGAGCCCUAAUUAUAGGCUGUAGCUUCUUAAGGCCCAGAGUUGUUCCUGGUCAGGACAGGUGGUCAAGAAAAAAACUCCUGGCCCUACUCUGUUGCUUUGUUUCAUUGACCUUGAAGACUGUUUUUUGUAUAUGUUACAUUCACUGCAACCUGUAACUUCACCAAUCACAAUGCCGCUCAUUCACCCUGUUCCUCUCUGUGCCCGUAGAUUUCGUGGCGGUGCCCAUUAAGAUCUUUGUGAACGAGUCGGUGGAGCUGGCCACCAGGGAGUUCAAUUUCUACAACUGUUCAGCCACUGUGAGGAAAGCAGAGAGCACACCGUGAGUUAACUAGCUCUCCUACUGUACUGUACUCUUCUACUGUACUCUCUGGACUGUGCUCUCUGGACUUUACUCUCUGGACUGUACUCUCUGGACUGUACUCUCUGGACUGUACUCUCCUACUGUACUCUCUGGACUGUACUCUCUGGACUGUACUCUCCUACUGUACUCUCCAGACUGUACUCUCUAGACUGUACUCUCCUACUGUACUCUCUGGACUGUGCUCUCCUACUGUACUCUCCUACUGUACUCUCUGGACUGUACUCUCCUACAGUACUCUCCUACUGUACUCUCUGGACUGUACUCUCUGGACUGUUCUCUCCUACUGUACUCUCUGGACUGUACUCUCCUACUGUACUCUGUACUCUCCAACUGCACUGUACUCUCCCAUUGAAACACAGUAAUCUCCCAUACAGUACUCUCUCACUCUCUGUACUCCCCCAUUGACUAGACUCACUGGGUUUUUGUGCCAACAACCUUGAUGGAAAUUAAUAGCAGCAUGUGCACAAAUAAGAGAAAGGUUUCUGUGUGUAAAUUCUGUGUGAUGCAUGACUGAUACUGGGAUUGAAUGCACCUCUUGCAUUUUCCUCCUUUGUUAUUACCAACCGGAGGAAAUUGCUUCAGUUUCCUUUUCAUUAAUCGAAAAAUGAAAGUCGAUCUCAUACAUAUGUGUUUUCUCUUUCGCUGCUUCCCGUGCUGUUUUUCAUCUGGAGGAAGCAUGUGAUAAAUGGGCUUUGUUUAUCAGGUUACAGAGAUAUAUUUUACCAUCAACAAUAUAGGUUCUACUAUUACAGGAAUACUAGCACGGAUGUACAUGUUUUUAAACGAGAUUGCCUCCCUGCUGUGUUUGUGUGUGUGUACGCUUGUAUGUGCGUAUCUCAGGUGUAUGUCGUGUGUGACCAGCCCAUGGGGCUGCCAGUGGAACACCCAGGACCACACCUGCCAGGACAAGGAUGACACUGUGUUGGGCCCUCAAAUCAUCAAACACAGACAGGUAGCUAGGUGCUCCACUAAACAGGCUUAAUAUACAUUGCAUGUAUGCUAAGAGUCAUUAAAGUCAUGAGUGCUUUUGUAUGGAAUAUCAGUUUGUAAGUCAGCAGAUGCAUGCCAACUGAUAAAUGAUCAGUCUGGAUGAGAGUUUGUCUGCUGAAUAACUAAAGGUAAAAAUGCAAAUGCUCUAACAUGUAGUAUUUCCAUCUGUGUUCAGGGGGCAAGAUGUCCCCAGUUCGAGAACCCUGAUCCUGUGCUCAUUCCUGUGGGGUUCAAAACCACCAUCUGCUUUGAGGGCAUCAACCUGGAUGUUUACCAGGUGCUGGAAAAAAUAUAAUGUAUUUUAUAGCUGUUAUAUAGCUUUAUAGCUGUUAUCAAACAAUUCAAAUAACAGUGGGCGCUAGUUAAUGAUGAAUCAGACUAUAAUAACAUUGAGAUGAACCCUUGAUAACUGCUCAUGUAUGAAGUUGGUUAACUCUCUGCUUCUCUGCUUCCUCUCUAGGACCGGGCUUUCACCAUCGGCACAGAGUUGAUGGGAAAUAUGGAGGAGGAUGUCAGGUCUGAAGAUGGGCUCUUCUACAGCUUCAACGGUUUUAACGUAUGUCAGUGCUGCUUAUUGCUCCACCCCUGUCAAUUGUAGCUUUCACCACUCCUAAAAGGUGUAAUGAUAAUAUCUUGCUUGGUGAUGAUAUUGUAUUGUUUGGUUACGUUACCUCGUUUGUGUCAGUUUGACAUUAUAGCACCCCCUCAUGGACAACAAUCCCAAUGUUAUUUUUACAUCCUCAAACUGUGGAUUUUGUGUGAUUGGAAAACAUCUUAGAAACACUACAGAGAGUCAGGGACCAGCCUCCAGCCACAUUCUUUUCAGACAUUGAUUAAUUCCGCUGUUUUUGAAUGGCUGCCAAAGUGUGUGUGGGGCGGCAGGUAGCCUAGCGGUUAAGAGUGUUGGACCAGUAACUGAAAGGUUGCUGGUUCAAAUCCCGGAGCCAACUAGGUGAAACAUCUGUCAAUGUGCCCUUGAGCAAGGCACUUAACCCUAAUUGCUCCUGUAAGUCGCUCUGGAUAAGAGCAUCUGUAAAAUUAGAACUUUUAUCUGGCACGUUUUGGAAAUGUGAAGUGUCAUUAAUCACUUGUUUCACAAACUGUAUUAAUAAUUCAUUUUCUUCCUGUUUCUAGUUUUCCUUCGAUAAGUCACAGGAGACAAAUGUUCUGUUCUACGUGAAGGACAAACAGUCAGGCAAGAAAAUAGACAGCACGCUGAAUGGUAAAUGGUGCAUCUUUAAUAUGCAACUCUGUUGACAAUGUCCCAAAGGACCAUGUGGACAUCAAUGACAAUUGGGGAAGCCUUAUAUGGCAAAGUGAUAAAUUAAUAGAUUGACACAUUUAACGCCAUACUUUCUGCAGUCAUCUAAGUGAAUUGGUCAAACAUCAUAUCAGACCUUGUACUAUCAAUGAUCCAGUGUCAUGUAAAUGAAAUGACAGAAUAGUACUGAUAUUCUAAGGCGUCCCUCUUCUCUUCCUUCACAGUGACCCUAUAUAGCUGCUCGCUGGGCCGUGAGGACUGCAGCCUGUGUAAGAACACUGACCCUAAGUACAGGUGUGUGUGGUGUGCCAAGAGGAAGUCAUGCGUCUAUGAGAAGCUGUGUACUAUUGACCAGGGUACAGAGUGCCCUGACCCACACAUCACUGACGUGAGUAGCACCCCACAGUACAGUAGUCAUCUCUUAACUCUAUACUAAUAACUUAUCUUUGAACCUGCAACAAUAUCGACUUUUGAUUAUCACUGACUGACUAGGCAUUUUAAUGAUCACUUCAUCAACUGCUUUAUUUUAUCUACCAGUAGCUACUGACAAUUGGAUCAGUUCACAGUCUAGUUAUUUUCUAUUAAAAGCCCUUACUCAAAAGGAUCACCUCUCAUCAAUUAUCAUAUUCUAAAUUUCACAGACUGUGGGGUCACAUUCUGCAUGUGUUUGUGGCUUAUUUCAUGGUGCUGCUCUGUAAGCUACUCUAUACACUGUAAUCUAAAAGCUGUACGGUACUGCAAAUCUAAAAGCCUGUCAUCUUAAAUCUGUUCUCUAAUCCCCCUCCCAGAUCAUCCCUCGCUACGGGCCCAUGGGGGGGGGCAUCUCUGUCACCAUCAAGGGCUCCAACCUGGGCAUCCACAAGGAGGACAUCAAGGCCAUCAGUGUGGUGGGGGUCCCCUGUAUACAUCAGGAGAACAAAUAUGCCGUCUCCACCAGGUAACAUACACUGUCAACCCAGUCACCGCUGUACCCUUCUCACACUAGGCAUUGAUGUGGUCCUCUGUAGCUCAGCUGGUAGAGCACGGCGCUUGUAACGCCAAGGUAGUGGGUUCGAUCCCCGGGACCACCCAUACACAAAAAUGUAUGCACGCAUGACUGUAAGUCGCUUUGGAUAAAAGCGUCUGCUAAAUGGCAUAUUAUUUAUUAUUAUAUUGAUGGAGGCGGUCUACUCAACAGUAGAUUUAAAUCUGAAAUUAAAUCUAAAAUGUCUGGUUUCCAGCGUGGUGUGUGAGAUCGGCCCCUUGUACCCCCUGAGCACCAACUGGGGCCAGGUGGAGGUGGAGGUGGAGGGAGGGAAGAGAGGAACGUCAUCUGCUUUCUUCACAUACCGGGUAACAAACCUACCACACUCCUUCACUUCAAUCACACUCCUUCACUUCAGGAUGAGAGGGCGGACUCGUUAAGUGGAAAAUGCUUUUACAUGAUUUGGUUAUGCUAUCGCCAUUCAAUUUCACAGCUAUACAGACACUGUAUUACAGAGCUCCUUAUCAGCACGCAUGAAGGGCAUGUCAUUUAAGUGUAAUAUCCAAAUACAAUACAUGAAUGUUCUGUUGAAUGAACUACUCUGGUGCUGCCACAUUACACUGGCAGGAAAUGCCCAGUACGAUAAGAUGAAAUUGAUUUGUGUGUAUUAUAGUUUAACAAGGUGCUAUAUGGCGACUCCAUUUCCUCUGGUGCCUUAACAGGGUACAUUGGAGCAAUUUCACUGCCUUUUUUAUAUCUUGCACGGCUAAUGCUUCUCCACAGGGGACCGCUCCACCUAACUGUUUACUCAGCAAAUUGAAGGAAAUGCGAUGUGUGUGGGUGUGUGUGUGGGUGUGUGCGUAGGUGUGUGCGUAUUUUGAAAGCCUUGUGGGGAAAGAGAUGAGACAGGAAUAAGAUUAGUUUUUUUUUACUACCUGAUCCUCCAGGACCCCAUCGCCAGCUCGGUGCAUCCCGCCAACGGCUCCAAGGCCGGGGGGACGGUCAUCACAAUCUCUGGCUCCAACCUGGACACAGCCACCAGGGAGGACAUCGCCAUCACCGUUGGGGGGGUGGUGUGCACUGUGUAAGUACUGCUGCAUCCUGGGAAGGGAACCAGUGUCAAGGAGGGUUGCGGUUGUCUGGUCUCUAGAUCUGUAUAUGUUCGCUUUCAGCCAACUCUUUGGCAUGACAACAUGCAAAAGAAAAAGUGCUAUAAGCUAAAGUGAAUACAGAACUAGCAAGCAGGUUAGGCUUGGGAGUUGCAUUCAAAUAUGGGCAUGAUUUUCUUUAAUAAGAAAGCCCAGUAUUGACCUAGCUGUCAUGGUCCUGCCAUGUUAGUCUCCUGUGCACCGUGACCCCGGUUGACCCCAAGUGCUGAGCGGUCUGUGUCGCUGGCUGACUGUGUCCUUGUCUGCAGGGAGACGUUUGGUGCGGCCAUCACCUGCAGGAUGGGAGAGUACCGGGCAGAUAAGGUCCCCUCAGACCUGCUCACGGUGACAGUAAAGUAUGGGAAGAACACCACCACAGCCGUCCCCACAGCCUUCCAGUUCUGGGAGAACCCCACUAUCCUGGACCACAAACCCAAGGGAAGCUUUGUGUGGUGAGUCCCAGUCCACCAGAGACAAGAGGCUAUUCUAGAUGCUUCCACAUUGUCUCACAUCAGAUAGCACGUCAACUCCUUCUGCACUGAGAAGCGACGUGUUAUAAUGAUGCCAUCUGUCGGAACACAAGAAAGGGUACCCUAGAGUCUAGUUUAAUGGCAUUCAAUUUCCAACACACCUGGCUCCCUCUCCUGAUACCAGUUGGUAGCUUAAAUGUGAUAUCUCUUCUGUAGGUGAAAUGUGAAUGUGAGCCCCACCGUGGGUUAAAACCAUAACUUUUGCCCCUUUGUGACGGUGAUGUUGUUUCAGUGGUGGGAGGACCAUCGUGGUGACCGGAUCUGGGUUUGACCUAAUUCAGAACGCCAUCAUGAGGGUCCAGGCCUCGGCUGACGAG